AUGCCAACCACCACCGCAUCAACUCCGACCUCUUCAAGCCACCGCAGCGACGGUGAAUUCGACCAGCAGUGGGAAUUUGGCUUCAAUUCGGAUCGUGGAGGAGCGUCGGCGAGCGACAGUGAUGCUGACAGCGAUGCUGGCUAUCUCUCUCCUGUUUAUGGGGAUCGAGAACCCUGUUUCACCAGUGAUGACGACAGCGAUGAUGAAGACUCGCCGACUGGGACUCCCCCGCGAGAUAUUGAAGUUGACGAUGACUCGGUACCCAGCGGUGGCUCAAGCGUGCCCAUUCAAGGGGAUGUGACCAGGCUGCCCGGCGGACUUGUUCUCGGUUCUUCCCGCUAUGACAUGGACGACAGCGAAGCCAGCAGCAGUUUGGACGACUCUGACGCAUACGACCCUGAAAUGGAGACUGUUAGCAGUGAGGACGAAGGCGACGAGCUCGCAGUUCAACCUUCUGCGUCAGGGCGUCAAGGGCAUGCGGGAAUCGACCUCGUCGCGACAGCGCAUCGCACCGGCAUCCAACUCAACGGCCAUCAGUACACGAAAGCCCGAGAGUCCUCGCGCAAGAUUUCCUUCCGGUGCAGCUUUUACCGACGUACUCCGGGGUGCAAAGGGAAAGUCGACUACAGUUUUGCGCGAGAUGUGUUCUACAAUUUUACGCCACACACUUGUGAAGGGACGGGCCAAGCUCCAAGCCGAUACGUUGACGUCACCGAUGAAAUGAAGGCCGAGUUCCACCACGAAUUCAUGGAGGGCGAGCGGCUACAGCGUGUGCUGGGUUGGGCGGACUCUCGACUGCUGGAGUUACUUCGGUAUUCGGGCUCGCAGAUGUCCGUCGACGGAACUUUCCGGUGCGUCCCGAGGUCGUUCUACCGGUGUGUCGUGUUGAUGGUGAGCGACGCAGCAAGUGGCGUGUUCGUGCCUUGCGUUUACGCUCUUACGACUGGCAAAACCCAUCAACUAUACCAGUUGAUGCGGUUCAUGAAUGACUGCACGGGUAGUCACCUUCAACCUGGGAGUGUUGUCUGCGACUUCGAGGCAGCGCUGAUCGAUUCAGUGACCUACCAGUUUCCGCACGCCAGGGUCAUCGGAUGCUUGUUUCACUUCAAGCAAGCGACCCGACGACGCAUGAUGAAGAUGCGUAUCCGACCCCAGGAGAUCUCGAUUGCGAUGGAAGUCGGCGUGUUGGACAUGCUAACCGUGAUCGUACCUGCUCAUGUCGAUCCCCACGGAAUCAACUAUGUCUCCGAGUUGAUUAUGUCUCGCUGCCGUACCGAAGAGAUUGAGUACUCGGCGGUCGUCGAUCUCACGAACCAGUCGCGCUGGUCGUGCUGCUUCAACUCGCGGUGGUCGUACAGCUUCAACUCGAGGUGGCAGGGCAACUUCAACUCGUGGUGGCAGGGGUGA